UUUUUUCAAUUGAUGCCCACCUUCCGCUUGUGUGUUGCGCGGGUGGGAGAAAGACGGCAAUGGAGACUCAGCAGCAGAGAGUGACAGCAGUUUCCAGGAAACGAUCCAAGGAGCCAGUAAGCUCCAUUCAGUCAGAGGUUCCGACGGCAAAGAAGAAGAAGCUAAUGUCCAGAGACAAAGAGGGCGGUCGCCCCGGCAAGCGGCCGGACUCCGCACCGCCUCCCGAGCCCUCCCUGGCCCUCCUUCCGUCCUCCAAGGAGCAAGAGGAGGACGUGGUUGUGGCGGGCUCCUCUCCUCAGCUACAAGUUGGAGAAGAAGCGAGUCAGGCCAGCUCCGCCGCUACUUCCACAGCCGCCGCUAAGAGGAAACCUCCGAAGAAUUGGUACCUGAAACCACAGCGGCCUUCUCCUGGAUCAUGGAUGGCACACAUGGGAUCACUGUUGGUCCACCGCUGCGCCCAGAGGGCAGAUGCCUGUGGAUUGGACCCUCGAGAUCACCUCAGUGACAUAAACUGGAGUAAGAUGGUCGACGGCCUUCUUCUGCCACAGGAUCUUCACCUCAUCUGGUACUUCAUCCGCAGAGAGUAUUCAGACAUCUCCAUUCCUGAAAUUCUGGACACCACUCGACCAUAUGCAGAGCUCUCUGUGGAUACACUUCAUCGCGAGGAGAUCAGAAUCAAGUACAAAGAUUUACUUCCCAAAGGCCCGCUCUCGCCGUACUUGCUGUUCAUGAAGUCGAAACAACCGAAGCUGAAACAGAAGUACCCCAACCUUCUGAUGACCGAAGUGGCCACAAAGAUAGGAAAGAAAUGGAGUGCUCUGCCGAAGGAGAAGAAGGAGAAAUACAAGCAGCAGCAUACACUGCUCAAGGCUUCAUACGAGGUUAAACUGAAAGAGUUCUAUGACGAGCAUCCUGAUGCCAGACCUCAACCAAAACAGCCUUCCGGCUCCAGGUCAAAGAAAGUGAGCAAGGCUGCAGCUGUCGCUGAUACCGAGACUGAAGAACAGAGAAGAAUAAAAGAGUUGAAGGCGCAACUCCCGAAGCAGCCACUCUCUGCUUACCUCCAUUUCUGCAAGAAGAAGAGAGAGAAGUUGCAUCGCAAGUACCCCGACCUGCCUCCCAAUGCAGUCACAGUGAAACUCGGCAAGAGAUGGCAGAGUAUGGACACAGAGGCUAGGAUCAAGUAUACCAAACUACACGAAGAGAAUGUUGAGCGGUAUAAAGAGGAUCUGGCAAUAUUCAACAGUGAACAUCCUGACGCUCAGGAAAUCCUUGCCAAGUCAAGGUAAAAAAAGGAAGCCAAAGGUACUGUCAGCUAAGCAACGGAUGCUGACAGUUGGAGAAGAUGGCAAAGUGGCUGCAACCUCCUCACCUCCUCUUCCUAACUUGCUCUCUCAGUCCACCUCUGCCACAACCACUUCUAUUGGAUCAAAAGAAGCGGAGGGAGAGGAAGAAGAUGGAGAAGGAGGAGAAGAGGUAGUGGAGGGUGAGGGUGAGGUAGAAGAGGAGGAGGGAGAAGAAGAGGAGGAGGAUAUGUCGGCUCAGAGAGAGUCUCAACACCACCAGAACGGAGGUGGAGAAAGCUCUUCAGAUUCCGAAACUGCAGAAUCCUCAACUGAAAACUGAGCAAAUCUCAAUCUUGUCAUUCUCCAUAAUUAUUUUAUAUCUGCCUCUGUAUGUAUCUAAACAUAAGUCCAUUGUAACAGUUCCCAAUUUAAUACCGCAGCAUUCUCUCUUGCUCUCCAUCUCCCUGUGUUUUAUAAACAUUGCAUUGAUUUCAACGUGAUAUUUCAUUCUCUCUUGAUGUUAACUUCUAAAAUUCUGAUGUGCAGCUGUAUAGCAUUUUCAGACACUAUAAUUGGAAUUUCAUAUGAUGUUAAUUAUUAUAACACACCACGAAACAAUGUUGGUAUAAUAUAAAGCUAGAUUGAAAAUUCUGAGGCACCGUAGACAAAUUCAGAGGCGAUGCCGAUAGUUUCUCGUAGGUUUAUCGAAGCCUGUCCCCACAUGUCAGGUACAAUCAGAAUAUCUCCUGGGUGCUGCACACACUCCAUUACUCCCUCCCUCUCCCCCUCUCCCUCCUCUGCACCUCUCCUCCUCCGCUCCUCCCUCUCUAACCACCAUUCCCAGGCGGUCAUCUUUGCAUAAAUUGCCAGGGGCGGGGGGCUAAGGAACCAGCGGGUGUGUCCAUAGACUAAUAGGUGCCAGGAGGAGCGGUGAAAAUGGGGCGGAGUCCCAGACAGGGCGGGGCCUAGGGUGAGGUAUAUGUCAGUAAGAGAAAUGUGAGUUCGGUUUGGGUUCAAAAUUGAAGGGAUUCUAAACUUAUGGAGCAGCGGAUGACCUGGCAGCAGAGGCUCAAAAAUAAACAUUGGUGACUCCAAAUCGCUGUGGUUACUUCCUUUGCUCGUGGAAAACAUCUCCUUUAUCUUGUCCAGAUAGGCCUUUAUGGUGGUGGGGUGAGCUGGGUAGCCAAACGUCUCUGCAAAAGGUAUAGGGAUCUCUCUGACAGGCAUAGCUCCAUGCUCGUGUUCGAGUUUGUUUCUCAGCAUGGCCGCCAAGAACGGUUUCAUUUCUGGUCCUCCGCCACCUCCUCGUAUGAGUACCGGUCUCUGGAGAGCCAGAUAGUCAAACAGAAACUGCUGCACAUCCUCAGAGCUGGGUAUCACGUCGAAAUCGCAGCGUUCGCUGGUGAGUGUGUGCGGGAGUCGAACUCCACUUGAGAGCCACCCGCCUUGGAAGCUGUGUUUAGGUGGAGCUUCGUACUUUAACUCCACAGGGCAUCCUUGUGGAAGAUUAACUUGAAGAGCAUUGGCCAUUGGUUUGGCAGACCAACCGUGCAUGCAUGCUACCUGCAGUGCUGUUCUAUUGAAAUAGUCUACUUCAGUUGCCUUUAGACCUGACUGGAUCAUGGGGAGAACAAUAUCGUAGCUGCCUCUCUUUGCUGCAAUGUGGAGAGAAGUGUGUGCUAGAACUGUCCUGACUUGAGGGUCAGCAUUGUGAGAGAUGAGUUGCUCCAUGAUUGCAGGGUUACCGAGAGCAGCUGCAUGAAGCAGUGGUGUCCAACCAAAGAUAUUCUCUGCGUACACGACGGCUCCGUCUUGUAACAGAGUGGGGAUGAUGCCCUGGACUAAUACACAUCUUGACAACAACCGCCUAACUGCCUCUUGGCUCACAAAGAGCUCAAACUCCACAUUUUCCUGCUCGUCCAAUUGGCAAUUGUACACCGCCUCAUCCCACACUGCCUGGCCUGCCAUCAGUAGGUUCCUGACUAUACUGAUGAUAUGUGAGUCGAACCCUGCAGUAAAGAGCCUCAGAGAAUGUGCAGACACCACCUCAUAGGCCUGCUCCUCACUCCCAUACCCCUGAGCCAUGUACUGGAUCUCUGUGUACUUCCUGAGAUAGUGGAUUCCGUUCACCAAAUCUCCCAGACCAAGGGAGAAGAGAGAGUAAGCUACCAGUAAAGAAGGCUCCACUUUUGUCCCCAAGAGACCAAUGAGGACUUUGUACAUGUAGCCAGCUUUUAUCAGCAGCUUCUGCUGGAGGUACGAAUGAAGCAGGAGCUCAAAGAUUUGUGUAACGUUGUCGUCUGCCUCGUAGAGAAACAACCAUUCGUCCUCUCUCUGGACUGAGAUGCUGGCUAGAAGUUCCUCCCAGCUGUUUGUGUGCAGAGACAGCUCAAGAAAGUGCUCUAAGCACUGGAGAGCUUGCUCGUGGAAACCCAUUCGAGAGAAGAACGCGCCGCCGGAUUUGAGGUAGUCGAGGUUGUUACGGUCCAUGGAUAGCGCCUCGUCGAUAAACGCAAGGGCUUCGUCCGGUCGCUCCAUCUGUAUCAACGCCACCGCCAGGUUCCAGCGAGGUUUCGGGUUUUCCGGUUCUUGGAGGGCGCACGAGGCCAGCAGGUCUAGCGCGGACUCCCAGCUUCUUCUCGGCUCGUGCGAGAGAAUAGUCCUGGCCUCCGCCAUGAGUCGCUCGCAGUCGAAUCCCCAGCUUUCUUCUUGCCCAAAUUCCUCACUAUCAGCAUCGUUUUCUUCCUCUUCUCCCCUCUCCCCUGUCACGUCACCGUCCUCUCUGUCCGUGUAGCUCAGCCCGAAGCUGUUAGGUAGCACCGAGUACACGGCGAGGGACAAGACCAACACGCCCACCAACAACACAGCCAACUUUCUCCAUCUGAUAGCUGCUGUCCUCUCUACCGGCACAUCCACGGGCGGGAUCUUCCCUCUGUGCUUGCUGCUGCCGUGCUCGGGAGCUCUCUUGCGGGCCCCUCCUUUCCCUCCACCGCUCUGCUGUUGCUGCCUUCUUUUCAUGAUCUCACUCGCUUC